GUCAAAGUUUAAUAUCAUACGGUGAUUGGACACUAAAUUACAAGUGCGACCGACACCUAGUAGACCACAUGAAAAUCGCCUAUUAUCAGCCUGUAAUUAUAAAAUCGUUGUAUACCGUGGUCUAGAUUUUGUCUGGCUUUUUAUUGUGAUACCUCAAUCUAUCGUGCGCCAACCGUGACCGUAUUGACACCUACUCUCAAUCCAUUACAAAAUGCCGCCAACCAUACCGCCAUGUAUUGCCUCAUCAUUGUCAGCCGACGACCAGGAGGAAGUUUUGGCACUGACAAUGAGGUCAGUGUCUGCGUCGACCGCGUUUUCGUCUCUGCCAAGUACAAGCUCGACUUCAGACUUUGUUAAUGCGAAGAUUGAGAGCCUCGCAGCCGAUAUAGCUGCGGGAAGUCAUCUCAAGGAAGCCCUCCGUGACGCCAAGAAACGAAAGGCUGUGGCAGAGAAUGACUUUAUUGAGACGAUGAGCAAGACGGAGGCGGAGUUGGCGGAAGCAGAGAGAGAGCUGGUGGUGGUCAAGCGCCAAAAGAAGAUGAUCGUCGAUGACCUUGAUGAAAUGUUACCCAAUUUUGAUAGCCUCGGAAGCGCAUACGCUGUGACCAUCACGUCUCGAAUCAUGGCCGCUACCUGUCGCCAGAGAAAGGGAAGGCCAUUCAAUCAAAAGGCAUUCGCCCAAGGCGUGCUGGAUUAUUAUGGGGCAAAGAGGAAGACAGACAGUGGCGGCUCAGAGAAAUAUUGUCACUUGACGGGGUGGCACGAUGCAGAAUUCGUCAAAUGCGCGCACAUCGUGCCGAAAUCCCUAGAGUCGGAUGAGCUCGCAUACCUAUUCGGUGUGCGAGAGACAGUACUAUCAGAGUCGAGAAAUGGACUAACUCUUCUUCGAUCCAUCGAGACCGCCCUCGACAAUGGCGGAAUAGUCUUUGUUCCCGACAAGCCGGCUCCAGGGGAGGAUACCGUCUGGAGAUGCCUAUUGCUAAAGCAGGACAAGGCAUCGGAUGAGUAUCUGAAGCCUAGAAAGUGGAGGGAGCUCGACGGGAAGGAGCUUACGUUCCUGACGCCCAAUCGCCCAGCCCGUCGAUACCUCUACUUGAGGUAUAUUAUUACUCUUCUCUACCAGAAGAGAGAAGGGAAUAUGGACUGGGUCGAUCAAGUACUCAACCGGACUGAUGCAAGAGGGUAUAUGUGGGCUACGCCAGGCGCAUACCUUAGGAAGACCAUGCUUGUCAUGCUCGCCCGCAAAGUGUCCGACCACUUCUACCCAGAGGCAUUCUAUGGGCAGUCGACUUUUGACAAUGCCGACGGAUGUCCUGGCCGCAGCGCUGAAGCCGAAGAAGACCUAGCGAUGGGAUUUAACCUGAGGAUCGAAGACGCAUUUGCCGAGGCCAAGCAGAAUAGCAAGGGCGAGGAAGAGUCGGGCGGCGAAUCGGACGGCGACGAGGGUGAUUAG